UUCCUUACGUCACGACUUAACAAGCGGGUUGCUGUAGUGUCUAGGGUUUGUUGUGGAUAUUUAAGAAAAAAGCUAGCCUCGAUUCGAAGGCUAUAUUCAGUUUAGCAGCUAUGUAACUGAACUGCUCACAUAUUUUGUGACGCUUAAAUUGUGUUCUAAAUUAUGAAGUGGUAAAACGGUCUGAAUCCACUUCCAUUCGUUUGGACUGCUCUCUCACGGAAUCACCUGAAGCGAUUUCUCAAUUUUCAGAUUUAAAAACGUUUAAAACGUCGAGAGACAGAGCUACACUCGUUCUGCGGUACCGUUGCUCUCAGUGAUGGUCUGAAAGAGGAUCACAGACUUCUCUGUUUGACGACCGGAAGAAGCUUAUGAUAAAAUCUACACUAUGUCAUGUUUCAACACUAUACUACUACAGUGUUACUGCUGUCAUGUUCUUCUACGUGAAAGUCCUCUCAACUCUCUUGUGUUUGCUGUUAUUUCACCAAAAUGCAAGUGCUACGAAAGUUUGUCGAGCAGGUCAGAAGCUCGAUUACUAUACAAAAACUUGUGUGGAUUGUCCAGAAAAACAGUACAACCCAAGUGGAAAAGGUCUUCAUUGUGAAAACUGCAGUGAAUGUAGAAAAGGUAGUAGGGUACUCAAUAAAUGCACACCUACAAGGGACACUCGCUGCAAAUGUUUGAACGGUUUUACACCCAUCGAUCAGCAGAGUGAGAUUUGCGUAUGUAAAAAAGGUUCUGGACUGGAUAGAACAGGACAGACUUGCAGUAAAUGUAUCAAUGGAUACUUCUCAGACAAAGAUGACUCAACUUGUCAAAACUGGAGAGAAUGUAAAAGUGGGAUUAAGAUCGCAGGCACCAGCACUUCUGAUGCCGUCUGCAAAAAUGGAUCAGAAAUAGUGAAUGAAGGUUCUACAAUACAUAUUACCACACUGAAGACAGCUACCAUCAGUUCUGCUGGCCCUUCAAGAACUAUGACCUCCUCUUCCACAGCCCAUUCUAAUACUACGGCCUCCUCUUCCAACAAAGACGGCAACUUCGACAGCUUUUGGCUGGUCAUGCUAUGCGUUGGUAUUCUUCUUCUGUCUGGACUCCUGUACCACAAGUGUAAAAUCACCCACUGCAUUCAUAACCACAAGAAAGUGGAUUCUCGAAAAGAGAGCAUAUGCAGAAAGCCUGUUGAAGAAUCUGGAGAAAAGUGCCUGUCCUUACUUGUCUAACGCAGUUUUCAAUGGCCUUAGUGUUUGUUUUUGUGGAAUUUUUUUUAGUAGUAGUUGUUAUGUAACUAGUUAAAUUGCUCUUAACUUAAGGUAGUACUUUAUUUUACAGUGUCCCUUUUACACAUCUUACAUGUUCUUACUAUAGUAAUAACAGCAAAUUAUGCAUAAUUACAAGCAUCUAACUUUAAACCAAGCCCUAACCGUAAUUACAUAGCAAGUACAUGUUGUUAAUUAGUAUUACUCAGUAUAAUUACACUUUAACAAGGACACCUUAAAAUGAAGUGUACAUAAUAACACCACUUAAAAAAAAAAAAAAAAAAAAAUAUAUCAGUGCUUAGUUGCAAUUUUCUUACAUUUUAGAAAAAAAUAUUGUUUCUAUUUUUAAUGGCUUCGGUAGAUGUUGUGAGAAUGAUGUAGUCAAUCAGAAAGCUAGCUUAAUUUAGGGGUUGUUUAGGACUUAUUUCGGGCAACUGGUUUGAAAUGGGACAAAAUUAAAUACAGAUGUAUUUGAGGUCCGAAACAAAAUUGAGAUUCACCCACGUGAAAGUGUUCAAAGUCACUUUUGAUCACAUUGCACAUGUGCAGUGUAGAUGCUCAUCCAUUUGAAUUCAGAUGGCUAAUUUUAUGUAAGCCAUGAAUUGAUUUCAAUUCAUUACUUAGAGUUCUUCUUUGAAAUCUGCUUAUUGGUUAAAUUUCACAGCGCCUAAACUUGCACUGCAGUCGAUGUAGGUAGAUCACUGAAUGCAGUAAGAUUAUAGUCAUUUCCACGUCGACACAGUUGUUUACCACAGACAUGUCCUGUAUAGUGACUCAUGCAUUCCUGAGAGAAAUAUGACGAAUUAGCUGAGUUUCCCAUAUUUAAGUGGGCUAAGGACAACUUCUGAGAAUCUUUCCUUUAUUUAUUCAAUGGUUUGUUUGUCUGUAGCCUUAUUAUAAAGGUUUAAUGUUGUUUCUGUGAAAUGGAAAUAAAUGGGCUGCAUAAACACCUGACAUUUAUGUAGACAGUUAUAUUUUUAUUGUAUUGUAUUGUAUUGCAUUUCUUGCUUCAUACUGUGAGUUGCUGUCAUUCAGUGCAAUGUGUCCCAUUAUAUGAUGUCUAAUGUACAAUUUAAAUAAAGGACUAACUCUA